AUGUUAGAUAUCAUCAAACAAUAUACAGGUAUGCAUUACUUGAAAACAAAUUUGAAUUUGCUAUCAGAUUGUGAUAUCGAUUGGAAUUAUACUAAUAAACUAAGAUCAAUUAUACGUGGUUUGUAUCAAUUGGAUCUACGAAGUGUUUAUUAUCGAGGACUCGAUUUAUCGGAUAUUGAAGUCAAUUAUUUUAAACAGAAGAUUGGUACAUGCUACUACACGAAUUCAUUUUCGUCAUUUACGACCGAAAAAAAAUUGGCUUUUAGUGGUAAUGCACUCAUUAUAUUGAACACAAAAGCAGGUAAUCGAUUAAAUAUUGCAAACGUAUGGAAAUGGAGUUUAUUUCCAAAAGAAAUGGAAGCAAUAUUAUCAAUUGCGGCUCGAGUGAAAAUUUUGAGUGUUCAUCACGAGGCUGAUCGUUGGAUAAUCGAAGUUGAACUCGUCUGA